UCUCUUUUUAACGAUCUGAGAGGGAAAAUUCAUGAAGCGGACAAUUGAAUUUGUAUUGAAUCUCACCGACAUGAGUUGAUGAGUUCAAAAAGAUAUUUCAAAUUGGAUGAAAAUACUUUACGAAUAAUACUUAUUUAAACGCUCUGAUUUGACAGUUUAUGCUUUUUGUAUCAAAUACGGAUAUAAUCAAGUAAUACAACAUUAUCCUAAAUAAAUAUAUGUUAUAUUCUGUAGACCCCUCACAGGGCCAAACACACCGCGGCAUUUAGAGAUUAUCCUUAGUGAAAUCAAGCAAAAUGCGUCGUUAUUCUCUUAAACAUAUCAAAGAAAAUUUGUUGUAAACAUUCGUUAAGUUAAAAAGGAGCUAUGUAUAUUUUAUCUGUGAUAUUUUUUGUUGUUCUUGUUAAUUUAUCAAGCGGACAGGAUCCUGAACAGGUCCUUGUAGCUGAUUAUCCUGAUGCUUUCGUAUUGAACCCAGAACUCUACUUGGUCGGUGCCAUACUAGGUGAGAGGUCCGAUACACUGAUCCAGGUCAGAAACUUCUGGCGAAACCAAAUAACUCCAGACAACUCGUUUUUGGUUAGAUGGGACGCACAGGCAGCAACAUUACUUUUGAUUAUUUGGACGCGCGAUCAAAGGAAUUAUCAAACGUCUUUUAAACUGCGCCCCCUAGGGGUGGGUGAACAUGAUCUCAUCAUACAAAUGGCGGAUUUGAACAGGGAAACGAACAGGUUGCGGCUAUUUAUAGACUGUCAGCUUAUUGGAGAAGAAAGUACGGAAGUUCCCAUCAGAGAUGCACUAACAGGAAGAAUCGUUGUGGAAAACCAUGAAAAAUACAGAUUAUAUUCACGCGUGGAUCUUCAGGCCAUGUUGCAAUUCAUGGACUGUGACCCGAUUGAAGCUAUCCCUAUUUCUACACUUCCAGUCCUCCCAGACUGGAUACGAGAUAGAAAUCUUCAGAACCUUGGCGGCACGAACGUUCGAAUUUCUCCUGCCGGAAACCGCAUACGAGAAGAAACUAGGGACAACCGGAUUCCCCAGUCGGAUCCGAUGUUUUAUACACUGAGUCAGUCUCUUCGAGAACUGACACAGGCCAUCCGAGUGAUGCAGAGAGACAUGCAAUUGCAAGCACGAGAAACAAGACAACUGCACGAGGUUCUUAGGCAGUGUGAAAUGUGCAGAAGACAAGAAAGACCUGCCCCAGUCCGAAAGGUUACCACGUGUCGUGACAACCCGUGCUUCGCGGGGGUCACGUGUCAAGAUACAGAUCGAGGCUAUCGUUGCGGGGAAUGUCCACGUGGUUAUUAUGGUGAUGGUGCAAGAUGCGCAAAAAUACCGACAUGUGCAGACAAUCCAUGCUACAGAGGAGUAAAGUGUUUCAAUGUUGGCGGUAGUUACCGCUGUGGUCCGUGUCCGCCCGGACUGACGGGUGAUGGAAGACGUGGCAAUUGCAGAGUUGCAAGGGUUGGCUGUGAAAGCAACCCUUGUUUCAGGGAUGUAAAAUGUCUCGACACCGCAGACGGAUUCCAGUGUGGUCCCUGUCCCAGAGGAUAUACAGGAAAUGGAACAAAUUGUAAUGAUAUUAAUGAGUGUAUGUUCCAUGAUCCUUGCUACAAUAAAAGCGCGUGCUUCAACUUUGUUGGUGGUUUCCGGUGUGGUGAUUGUCCUGUAGGAUAUAUCGGCGAGGACAUAGAGGGAGUCGGGCUAGGAGAGGCCAAGACAAUGAAACAGAUAUGUAAUGAUUUGGACGAAUGUGCGUUGUCUCCACCGAGUGGCCCAUGUGUCGAAAAUUCGGAGUGCUUUAACACUAUUGGAUCUUACGACUGUGGAAAAUGUUUCAUUGGAUUUGCCGGAAACCAAACCAUCGGGUGUCUCCGGCGAGUAACGUUAUGUCCGGACCUUACCGAAUGUAGCGAAUUCGCAAGAUGUUUACCAAAAGCCGGAUCUAACGGUUUCGUAUGUCAGUGCUCAGUUGGAUACGCCGGUGACGGGAAGAUAUGUAGCCGGGAUACAGAUAUUGAUGGUACACCAGAUGACGCUAUCCCGUGUACAGACAAACGUUGUCGAAAGGACAACUGUCCUGAAGUACCAAACAGUGGACAGGAAGAUGUAGAUAAUGACGGUUUAGGUGAUGCCUGUGACCCGGACAAAGAUAAUGAUGGUAUACCAAAUUCACCGGAUAACUGUCCGUUUCAUGUGAACCCGGACCAAAGCAAUACGGAGGACGAACCGGAUGAUUCUGGUGAUGCUUGCGACAACUGCCCUGAUAUACCGAACGCCAACCAGGAGGAUACAGACAAAGAUGGUCUAGGAGAUGCUUGCGACCCAGAUAUAGAUAAUGAUGGAGUGCUAAAUGAAGAGGACAACUGCCCUAAAGAUCAAAAUCCUGACCAGCUUGAUCUUGAUGGAGACUCAGUCGGUGACAUAUGUGAUAACUGUCCUGGCACAGAAAAUCCAGAUCAGCGUGACACCGACCAUGACCUUCUUGGAGACGUUUGUGAUAAUAACAGCGAUACAGACAAAGAUGGGCAUGAAGACACAGUAGAUAAUUGUGUAAACAUGACGAACGCCGAUCAGCGUGACACAGAUCGUGACGGUCAAGGAGACGCUUGUGACGAUGAUGAUGACGAUGAUGGUAUCCCGGAUGUAGAAGAUAACUGCCCAUAUGUGGCCAAUUCUGAUCAAAGAGAUGAUAACGCUGACGGGAGAGGUGACAUAUGUGAGGAUGAUUCAGAUGGUGACGGAUAUCCAGAUAGUUUUGAUGUCUGCCCUGAUAAUGGUGAUCUAUUUGCAACCGACUUCCGGGCCUUCCAGACCAUUAUACUUGAUCCUGUUGGGGACUCACAGAUCGAUCCAAACUGGGUCAUCCUGAACGACGGUGCAGAAAUAGUACAGACGCUAAACAGUGAUCCCGGAAUCGCCGUCAGCUAUAGCGGAUUCAAUGGUGUAGAUUUCAGCGGAACGUUUUUCGUUAACACUGACGUCGAUGAUGACUACGCUGGAUUUCUGUUCAGUUACCAAGACAGUGCUAGCUUUUAUGUUGUCAUGUGGAAGAAGGCACGACAAACUUACUGGCACUCGACACCAUUCCGUGCAGUAGCUGAACCCGGUAUACAGCUUAAACUUGUCAAAUCCAAUACCGGUCCGGGUGAAGUCAUGCGCAACGCUCUUUGGCAUACCGGAACAACACCAAACCAGGUGAAGUUGUUGUGGCAAGACCCAAGAAAUGUAGGAUGGAAGGAGCGGGUGGCUUACAGAUGGGAACUCAUACAUAGACCAGCUCUGGGGUUGAUAAGAGUAUUCCUGUUUGAAGAGACCAAUCUGGUAGCUGACUCUGGUAACGUAUAUAACUCGGAACUACUCGGUGGACGUUUAGGGGUGUUCUGUUUCUCACAAGAAAUGAUUAUCUGGUCUGAUCUCGUGUACAGGUGCAAUGAAUACGUGCCUCCAGCAAUGUUGGAAGAAGGAGCGGCACCAUUACCGGUCGAGCCUGUCACAAGUGAUGAUACAGAUGUACCAGAAUAUACGGAAGAUAUCCAAGACAACACGAAAAAGGAAAGAGGAAAGAGGAAAAAUCGUCGUAAAAAGAAUAAGACUCGUGCACAACCAGAGUCGGUUGAAGGAAAAGGAGAUACAGAGGGUGAUACAGUGGCAGAAACUUUGUAGUCUAUAUAUAGUUUGCUACUUUUUUUGAGUAUUUGUUGAAGAGGUUGUCUUUUCCAUGUCAUAGUGAAUACGGUCGUGUGAAAAACAUUAUAUAUUUUGAAAUUAUAUGCAUGUAUAUAUGUAAAUAUGUACGGAAUAAAUAUUCACCGAGAAGGAUGCAUCAGUA